UGUCAGGAUGCACUAGCUUCUACAGGCAGGCUAGGAAGCAUGUCAUGAGAGGUGAUGACACAGUCACGGAGCCGUGGCCACAUCCUCACCGACUCUUGUUUUGGCUACUGGCGACUGCUUUUUGCCGUCUCCUCUCGCUGUGUCCACCGGAGGAGAGAGAGAGACAAAGAUAGCCUAACUUAAGCUCUCUUGUUCUCUUUUUUUUCAGUUUGCUUGUGGAUGAUGGGAUUUUAACCAUGUGGAAGAUAUUUGAGUGGUUCCCCUGCAUUUUUCAGACAUUGCACCUCUUCCCGCCUGGUUUCCCCUGAGCAGGAUGGACACUCUGGAGUCAGAGUUGACCUGCCCAAUCUGCUUGGAGCUCUUUGCGGACCCACUGCUGCUCCCCUGUGCCCACAGCCUAUGUUUCGGCUGUGCUCACCGCAUCCUCGUCUCGCACUGUGCCACCAACGAAUCGGUUCAAAGUAUCUCCGCCUUCCAGUGUCCCACGUGCAGAUAUGUCAUUUCCCUGAGCCCUGAGCGUGGACUAAAAGGACUCAAGAGAAACGUGACCUUGCAGAACAUAAUCGACAGGGUUCAGCAGGCCUCAUCUUCAGCUGGAUUUCCACUGCCGCUGCCCCUGCCUGCCCCCCAAAGCGGGCCUAACUCUCCAGGUGAGGAAGAGCACGAGCGGUUGGCCCUGGUCCCCGUCAGCGCUGCCAUGUCCAGCCCAGGCACCCCUUCAGAACCGGUCCAGUGCCAGUUCUGCGAGCAGGAUCCGCCACAGGAGGCGAUCAAGACGUGUGUGACGUGUGAAGUGUCGUACUGUGAGGAGUGCCUCAGGGCAACUCACCCCAACAAGAAGCCAUUUACUGGACAUCGGCUCAUUGAGCCAAUGCCAGGCUCCCACCUGCGUGGGCUCCAGUGCUUGGAGCACGAGGAGGAGAAGGUCAACAUGUACUGUGUAACUGACGACCAGCUCAUCUGCUCCCUCUGCAAGCUGGUAGGAAGGCACAGAGACCACCAGGUGGCAGCACUGAGUGAUCGCGUUGACAAACUCCGGCAAGCCUUGGAUUCAAACCUGAGUAAUCUGAUCAAGAGGAACAACGAGCUGGAGUCGCUAAUGGGGAAACUGAUUCAGACUUGUCAACAUGUGGAGGUGAAUGCAACCCGCCAGGAGGGCAAGCUCUUGGAUGAGUGCGACACUCUGAUCGACAUCAUCCAGCAGAGGAGACAGAUAAUUGGCAACAAGAUUAAGGAGGGGAAGUCGCAAAGGCUACGCAAGCUGGCCCAGCAGAUCUCCAACUGCCAGCAGUGUAUCGAGGGGUCCUCUGUUCUAAUCACACAAGCCGACCAGACACUGAAAGAGAGCGACCAUGCCUGCUUUCUGCAGACCGCGAAGAGCAUCAAUGAGAGGGUUUCCAUGGCAACUGCAUCAACCCAAGUGCUUAUUCCUGAGAUACACCUGACAGACACGUUUGACAACUUUGCCCUGGACUUCUCCAGAGAGAAGAAAUUGCUGGAAAAUCUCGAUUACCUCACUGCUCCUUCUGCUCCGAGCAUUAGGGAAGAGCUCUGCACGGCAUCCUACGACACUAUCUCAGUCCACUGGACAUCGGAUGACGAGUUCACUGUAGUGUCGUACGAGCUCCAAUAUGCCAUCUUCACUGGACAGUCCAACAUUACCAGUCUGUGCAAUUCAUUAGAGAGCUGGAUGAUUGUGCCCAACAUCAAACAGAACCACUACACUGUGCACGGCCUGCAGAGUGGCACCAAGUAUAUCUUUGUUGUGAAGGCGAUUAACCAAGCGGGGAGUCGAAGCAGUGAACCGGGUACUCUGAAGACGAACAGCCAGCCCUUCAAGCUGGACCCCAAAUCUGCUCACAAAAAGCUGAAAAUCUCACACGACAACUUGACGGUGGAACGCGAUGAGAGCACAUCUAAAAAAGGCCACAGCCAAGAUCGGUUCACCAGCCAGAGCAGCUACGGUGUGGUGGGGAAUGUUUACAUUGACAGCGGGCGGCACUACUGGGAGGCCAUGAUUGGGGGGAGCACAUGGUAUGCCGUGGGUAUAGCAUACAAGUCAGCGCCUAAGCAUGAAUGGAUCGGCAAGAACUCAUCCUCAUGGGUGCUCUGCCGCUGCAACAACUCCUGGGUGGUCCGCCACAACAGCAAGGAGCUGGCCAUUGAGCCUUCGCCCCAUCUGCGCAGAAUUGGCAUCCUCUUGGACUACGACGCUGGCUACCUGACCUUCUACGACGCUGUGGGCUCACAGCACCUGCACACCUUCCACGUCUCCUUCGCCCAACCCGUGUGCCCCGUGUUCAACGUGUGGAACAAGUGUCUGACAAUCCUCUCGGGCCUCCCCAUUCCUGACCACCUGGAGGGACUCGAGCCUCAAGAAUAAACAUAACCACACAUACUUAAACAAGACUUGUCCUCCACAUGAUAUUUCAUUUUUCUUCUUGGUAUUUCCUUGCACACCUCCCUAAAAGUCAGCUUGUUAGAGUUGAUACUGUAUGUUAUUUUUGCCUCAGUAAGAAUCCUAAACUGGAUGGAUGGUCAACUGCAAACAUUCCCAAAAUUAACAGGAGUUUGAACAACAGGGAAAAGAGGAGAAUGUAAUGAUUUUGUUUAUAGCAGCUGUCAAUUUCACACUAACAUGCUAUAAGGAGAUUUUGUAAAUUGAGUUACCGUUACUGCUGUUCAUGACAAAAGAAAAGGAUCGAAGUCGAUGUUGCAAUCUGUCCAGAUCUCUUUACAAUCUCUCAACGCAGGAUAAUACAAUAAAUGUGUGUUGCGCUGUUUCAUUUGGUGCUUCUGACGUGAACUUUGGAGUCUUGUAUUUCUGUUGCUGGCAGUAAUACUUCCUGUUGGUAUGGUGUAAUCCACAUUUUCUUCUCACAGUUUAUUCAAACCGAGCUGUUGUUGGGCAGUUAAAAUACUGCACAUACUUUAAGAUUCUGUUUUCACACAGGUUGUACAGACAAUGUUGUGGCCAACAAUGACCACCAAAUUCAACGCCGAAUUAAUCUGUAUUUACUGCAAUUUUGUAAAUAUUCGAAGAACAAAUAAAAUAAACCAGUUCAGGGUG